CUCAAGAUUUCAAACAUGCCUCAACUCGUCCGAGUCGAGAAUUUCGCACCCGUGAAGAGGAGUGCUGAGAACCGAGCCGACCAAGUGAUUUACCAAAGCAAGAAUUCCAAAGACAAAACUUCUUUCGUUGCAUAUUCGUCGCCCGACAGUCCUCAUGCCGCCCAACUGGCUCAAAUUGCACUAGCAGUUCAACAAUCGGACAAACAAGAAAAACGCCGUGCUGCUCCGAGAAGAGGAUUUCUCUCUGCUCCGAUUUCUUAUUUUCAGAAGCAGAUCGGAAUCGUCCCGGCGCCUGAACAACCUCGACGGCUACUUGCCAGCGGAGACACAUACCAAGCAACAACACAAACAGCAUACUCUUAUCAAGAGGUUGAAGAAACUGACGAGGACUGGGAUUCCACAGCAUCCACUCAAGUACCAGAAACUCAGCAGCAAUUCCCAAGCCAAGAUGACGACUAUGAAACACCUGCCACCGCCGCUCCAGUCGUCACCACCUUGACAUACGCUCAACAACCGAAAGUCACCCGGCUGCACACCGAAGACAGGAUAUCGUAUGCAGUUCGAGGUGCUAACGGAAAGCUUUACGUGUCGGCUCCCACGGGAAGCAGUGAAGCGCAAAUGUUUGACGAAGUUGCGAGACUUGGUUCUGAGGAACCACAGAAGCAGCAAAAGGAGCGUCGAUUAGUCGCUGAUCGUCGUAGGCACAGAGAGCGCAGUCGAAGAUCGUCUCGAUGAUUUGAGGGGCGUGCUUGUUUUGGUAGUUGUGCUGGAUUGACCAUUUAUUCUGUCACUAGUCAAUAAAGUUCGCAUUACUCUG